GAGGUCGCGGACUUUCUGUGCGAGCCUGAUAAUGUGAACCGCAUGGAGCACGCGGCGGAGGUGUACACCAAGAAGGCCCACGAGCUCAUGCACGUGAAGGAUCCCAACGCCUUCGACAGAGACCUGAUGAUCAGAGUGGUCAAUAUACGGAGCCAGCGGGUCUACGGCUGCUUCAUGUUGCCUGUCAACCUGUUCUUCUUCACCAUCUUCGGCGCUUCGGUCCUGAUGCACGAUGAUAUCGCCAACGUCUAUGCGGUCGAGAGCGGCCUGCGGACGGUCCUCACCAAGGACGUGGAGAACGUCGAGACCAUCGAGGACGUGUGGGACUGGAUGUCUGACACCCUUAUUCCUACUGUCUUCCUGCAGAGCGACUACAAAGGCAAGCCGCACUCGGACAAGACCAAGUGGGGCCGCGUGCUCACGUACAACCAGCUGACGGGGCCCCUCUACCUGCAGCAGGUGCGCAGCCAGAAGCUGAAGUGCGCAGAGAUCCUGAAAGA